AGGUCGCGGCCGGGCUGCGGUUCCGGUUCCGGGUCGACAUCGGCGCGAUGUCAGACUCGGAGAGCGAGGAGGAGGCGGAUGGCGGCCGCGCGGAACCCUUCUCGCUGGCUGGGUUUCUCUUCGGCAACAUCAAUGAGGCGGGGCAGCUGGAGGGGGACAGCGUCCUCGACAAGGAAUCCAAGAAGCACCUGGCCGGGUUGGGUGUGCUGGGACUGGGCAAUCUGAUCACUGAGAUCACAGCCAGCGAGGAGGACAGCCCGGAGGCUGAUGGAGCCCACCUGGAUGAGGAAGGCUGGGUUAAGAGCACAGAAGAUGCUGUUGAUUAUUCAGAUAUUAAUGAAGUGGCAGAAGAUGAGAGCCGUAGGUAUAAGCAGGCAAUGGGCAGCCUGCAGCCAGUUCGAAGACCAGGUAGUGUUACAGCUCUAGCUGUAGAAGAUGAAGAUGAAGAUGAUUACGAUGCUGACUGUGAAGAUAUUGAUUCCAAGUUGAUGCCGCCACCACCACCACCUCCAGUACCUGGAAAGAAAGAAGAUGAAAAGGAUGCAGCUGCCACUGUAUCUGAAGAUGGAGACGGUAUCAUUUUGCCCUCCAUCAUUGCUCCUUCCUCUGCUGCCUCCGACAAGGUGGAUUUCAGCAGCAGCUCUGAUUCUGAGUCAGAGAUGGGACCUCAAGAAGCCAGGCAGGCAGAAUCCAAGGAAGGCAAACUCACACUUCCUCUUGCAGGAAUCAUGCAGCGAGAUGCUACCAAACAGUUGCCAAGUGUUACAGAGCUCUUCCCGGAAUUUCGACCAGGCAAGGUGCUGCGUUUCCUGCGUCUCUUUGGCCCUGGAAAGAAUGUUCCAUCGGUUUGGCGUAGUGCCCGAAGGAAACGCAAGAAGAAACAUCGGGAGUUGGCACAAGAAGUGCAGAUACAGGAGGGUGAAGUUGUAGUUGAGAGUGGAAUGGAAGGAAAAUCUCCUUGGGAGUAUGAGUUUGCUGCUCCUCCCCCUCCUGAGCAGUGCCUUUCAGAUGAUGAGAUUACCAUGAUGGCACCUGUGGAAUCAAAAUUUUCCCAGUCAACUGGUGAUAUAGACAAAGUGGCAGAUACAAAGCCUAAAGUGGCAGAGUGGCGCUAUGGCCCAGCACAGCUCUGGUAUGAUAUGCUGGGGAUCCCUGAAGAUGGCAGUGGAUUUGAUUAUGGUUUCAAGCUGAAAGAGAAGGAGCAGGAGGUUAAAGGACACACAGAUGAGGGGGAUGCAGGGUUGAUGGAUGAGAAGGAUGAUCUGCUAGCUGAUGAGCACUUCCUUAUGGUGACACAGCUCCAAUGGGAGGAUGACGUUAUCUGGAAUGGAGAAGAUGUCAAGCACAAAGGGACUAAGACACAGCGGGCAAGUUUGGCAGGCUGGCUGCCAUCCAGCAUGACUAGAAAUGCCACUGCAUACAAUGCCCAACAAGGUUUGAACAGAAGCGGCUCUUUACUCAAUCCACCAAUUCCACUAGCACAGAAACCAAAUGUAGCAGGAGUCCUAGGUAUAGCAAAGGGCAAAGAAAAGCAGGCCCCUGAACAGCAAGUUUCCCUGGAUGAAGACAAGCCCUGGUACUCCAUUUUCCCAAUUGAUAAUGAAGAGUUAGUGUAUGGCCGUUGGGAGGACAAUAUCAUCUGGGAUGAUCAGGCAAUGGAAACCUACUUGGAUCCCCCUGUCUUAACACUUGAUCCAAAUGAUGAAAACAUAAUUCUAGAAAUUCCUGAUGAAAAGGAAGAAAUGACUUUGAACUCUCCAUCCAAGGAGAACAAGAAAGAAUCUUCUCUAAAGAAGAGUCGAAUCCUGUUGGGAAAAACAGGUGUCAUCAAGGAAGAACCACAGCAGAACAUGUCUCAGCCAGAGGUGAAGGAUCCCUGGAACCUCUCCAAUGAUGAGUUUUACUACCCCAAACAGCAGGGACUUCGAGGAACCUUUGGAGGCAACAUCAUUCAGCACUCUAUCCCAGCAGUGGAACUUCGCCAGCCAUUCUUUCCCACCCAUAUGGGUCCUAUGAAGCUCCGACAAUUUCAUCGGCCUCCCUUGAAGAAAUAUUCUUUUGGUGCCUUGUCCCAACCAGGGCCCCAUGCUGUGCAACCUCUGCUGAAGCACAUAAAAAAGAAAGCCAAGAUGAGAGAGCAGGAGCGUCAGGCUUCUGGUGGGGGUGAAAUGUUCUUCAUGCGCACACCACAGGACCUAACUGGCAAGGAUGGAGAUCUCAUUCUUGCUGAAUACAGUGAGGAAAAUGCCCCUUUAAUGAUGCAGGUUGGCAUGGCAACAAAGAUUAAAAAUUACUACAAAAGGAAACCUGGCAAAGAUCCGGGAGCUCCAGACUGUAAAUAUGGAGAGACUGUUUAUUGUCACACUUCUCCAUUCCUGGGUUCUCUGCAUCCAGGCCAGUUACUGCAGGCAUUUGAAAACAAUCUUUUCCGGGCCCCUAUCUACUUACAUAAGAUGCCUGAAACGGAUUUCCUGAUUAUCCGGACACGACAAGGCUAUUAUGUUCGAGAAUUAGUGGAUAUUUUUGUAGUUGGUCAGGAGUGCCCGCUUUAUGAAGUACCUGGUCCCAACUCAAAACGAGCUAACACCCAUAUCAGAGAUUUUCUACAGGUUUUUAUUUAUCGCCUUUUCUGGAAAAGCAGAGACCGUCCUCGGAGAAUUCGCAUGGAGGAUAUCAAGAAGGCCUUUCCUUCACACUCGGAGAGUAGCAUCCGAAAGCGGCUAAAGCUUUGUGCUGAUUUCAAACGCACAGGGAUGGACUCAAAUUGGUGGGUUUUAAAGCCAGAUUUCAGAUUGCCGACAGAGGAAGAGAUCAGAGCAAUGGUAUCCCCAGAACAGUGCUGUGCUUAUUACAGCAUGAUUGCGGCUGAGCAGCGACUGAAGGAUGCAGGUUAUGGAGAGAAAUCCUUCUUUGCGCCAGAAGAGGAGAAUGAAGAGGAUUUCCAAAUGAAGAUUGAUGAUGAGGUGCGCACAGCUCCAUGGAACACCACACGAGCCUUCAUUGCUGCUAUGAAGGGCAAGUGCCUCCUAGAAGUGACAGGUGUAGCAGAUCCUACCGGUUGUGGUGAAGGAUUUUCUUAUGUGAAGAUUCCAAACAAACCAACUCAGCAGAAGGAUGAUAAAGAACCUCAGCCAGUGAAAAAGACAGUGACUGGGACAGAUGCUGAUCUGCGCCGUCUUUCUCUCAAAAAUGCCAAACAGCUUCUGCGUAAAUUUGGAGUGCCUGAAGAGGAGAUAAAGAAGCUGUCCCGUUGGGAAGUGAUUGAUGUGGUACGUACAAUGUCUACAGAGCAGGCUCGUUCAGGGGAAGGUCCUAUGAGCAAAUUUGCACGUGGGUCUCGGUUUUCUGUAGCAGAACAUCAGGAGAGAUACAAAGAAGAGUGUCAGCGCAUCUUUGAUUUACAAAAUAAAGUUCUGGAAUCCACUGAGAUCCUGUCAACAGACACAGAUAGCAGCUCAGCUGAAGACAGUGACUUUGAAGAGAUGGGAAAGAAUAUUGAGAAUAUGUUACAGAACAAGAAAACUAGUUCUCAGCUCUCUCGGGAAAGAGAAGAGCAGGAACGAAAGGAAUUGCAAAGGAUGCUUCUGGGAGAAGACAGUGGCAAUGACAAAGAGAGGGGCAAAAAGGACAGAAGAGACAAAAAGGGGCUAUCAUCAGCUUCAGGAGCCUCAGCAAACUCUCACAAAGAUGAUGACACUGCCUCUGUAACCAGCCUUAAUUCCUCUGCCACUGGCCGCCGCCUCAAAAUCUAUCGCACGUUUAGAGAUGAGGAUGGGAAAGAAUAUGUGAGGUGCGAGACAGUUCGCAAGCCCGCUGUUAUUGAUGCCUACUGCCGAAUACGGACUACCAAGGAUGAAGAGUUCAUACGAAAGUUUGCUCUAUUUGAUGAACAGCACCGUGAGGAAAUGCGGAAGGAGCGGCGCAGGAUCCAGGAACAAUUACGGCGGUUAAAACGGAACCAAGAAAAAGAGAAACUCAAGGGCCCUCCAGAAAAGAAGCCCAAGAAAAUGAAAGAGCGUCCAGACUUGAAACUGAAAUGUGGAGCAUGUGGUGCAAUUGGCCAUAUGAGGACUAAUAAGUUCUGCCCUCUUUACUACCAAACAAAUGCCCCACCUUCUAAUCCUGUUGCAAUGACGGAGGAGCAGGAGGAAGAGCUGGAAAAAACAGUCAUUCACAAUGAUAAUGAAGAACUCAUCAAAGUAGAAGGAACAAAAAUUGUCCUGGGAAAACAACUGAUUGAGAGUGCGGAUGAGGUUCGCAGGAAAUCACUGGUCCUGAAGUUUCCUAAACAGCAGCUUCCUCCAAAGAAGAAGCGGCGAGUAGGGACAACCGUUCACUGUGAUUAUCUGAAUCGUCCUCAUAAAUCUAUCCACCGACGGCGAACAGAUCCCAUGGUGACACUGUCAUCCAUCUUGGAGGGCAUCAUCAAUGACAUAAGGGAUCUUCCUAAUACAUACCCCUUUCAUACACCUGUAAAUCCAAAAGUUGUCAAAGAUUAUUAUAAGAUUAUUACUCGGCCCAUGGAUUUACAGACCCUGCGUGAAAAUGUUCGUAAGCGACAGUACCCAUCCCGAGAAGAGUUCAGAGAACAUCUGGAACUAAUUGUUAAGAACAGUGCUACAUACAAUGGGCCAAAGCACUCACUGACACAGAUAUCUCAGUCCAUGCUGGACCUGUGUGAUGAAAAGCUGAAAGAGAAGGAAGAUAAACUGGCUCGAUUAGAAAAAGCAAUUAAUCCCCUCCUGGAUGAUGAUGAUCAAGUGGCCUUUUCCUUCAUUUUGGAUAACAUUGUCACUCAAAAGAUGAUGGCAGUUCCAGAUUCUUGGCCAUUUCAUCAUCCAGUUAACAAAAAGUUUGUUCCUGAUUAUUACAAAGUGAUUGCUAAUCCAAUGGAUCUGGAGACUAUCCGCAAGAAUAUCUCCAAACACAAAUACCAGAACAGAGACACUUUCCUGGAUGAUGUUAACCUCAUCCUUGCCAACAGCAUUAAGUACAACGGGUCAGAUAGUCAGUACACAAAAACAGCCCAGGAGAUUGUAAACAUCUGUUACCAAACUUUAGCUGAGUAUGAUGAGCACCUGACUCAACUUGAGAGAGACAUCUCUACUGCUAAGGAAGCAGCACUAGAGGAGGCAGAUCUGGAAAGUCUUGAUCCUAUGACCCCUGGUCCCUACACUCCACAGCCACCUGAUUUGUAUGAUACCAACACUUCCCUCAGUAUGUCACAUGAUGCUUCAGUCUAUCAAGAUGAGAGCAAUUUGUCUGCUAUGGACACUCCCAUCACUACCCCAGAGAAGCGAGGAACUCAGAUGCGCCAGGGGCGAGGUAGGCUGGGUGAGGAAGACUCUGACGUAGAUAUUGAAGGGUUUGAUGAGGAUGAUGAUGGGAAACCUAAGACUCCAGCCCCAGAAGUUGAAGAUGCAGAUGGUGACCUUGCUGAUGAAGAAGAAGGAUCAGCCCAGCAGACGCAGGCCAGUGUCCUCUAUGAAGAUUUGCUCAUGUCAGAUGGAGAGGACGAUGAUGAUGGGAGUGAUGAAGAGGGAGAUAAUCCUUUCUCAUCUAUCCAACUGAGUGAGAGUGGCAGCGACUCAGAUGUGGAGCCCAAUGCAGUGAGACCUAAACAACCUCAUGUUCUUCAAGAGAACACACGAAUGGGCAUGGACAAUGAAGAAAGCAUGAUGUCGUAUGAAGGAGAUGGUGGGGAGACAUCUCAUGUUAUGGAGGACAGUAAUAUCAGUUAUGGCAGCUAUGAAGAACCAGACCCAAAGUCCAACACAAGAGAUACUAGUUUCAGCAGUAUUGGAGGGUAUGAGAUCUCAGAAGAGGAGGAAGAGGAAGAGCAGCAGCGCUGUGGGCCGAGUGUAUUAAGUCAGGUCCAUCUGUCUGAAGAUGAGGAAGACAGUGAGGACUUUCAUUCUAUUGCAGGAGACAGUGACCUGGACUCAGAUGAAUAAACUCCUUUUCCUGAGAUGGUGGUCAUCCUGGGCUACUCUUGGCUCCCAAAUUUCUCUUGUCCUAGUUUUGGUAUAAGGAACAGUGUAGUGUGGCCUGUGUUAACAAGAAGUAGAUUUUUUUUUUUAUAUAUAAUAUCAUAAUUGGUUAUAAAACGUGUUAUGUGACUUGAGUAAAUGGUGAAAAUAAGCUUUAGACAAGCAUGCCCUGCUGAAGUUUUGGGUUGUUGUAGCCUGUACUAGUUCCAGAAUACUGACAAAGAUUUGUAUGGUUUGUUCUUCAGUCUUACAGAUGUAAAAUAAUUUCUCAUAAAUACUGGCCUGUUGGAUACAUGCAUCUCUGUCAGGAAGAAAAAAAGCUUGCUCAGAGUAAAAUACCUGCUGUUGAUAACAACUAUGAAAGUUUUCAUUUCAUUAAAGGGAAGGUUUGUCUCAGGGACCAUAGCAUGAAUGCAGUGUCUGAAGUCUUACCCCAGACUGGUUUUUAUAAUUUGUCUUAACUACUUUGAAUGCUAAACAGCUGCCCUAUAUUUUUUUUUUUUUUUUGAAGUCGCAAUUAGUCCCAGAAAUCAGAAUUUAGUAAUGUGAGUCUUCAGGAAGGCUUAUUAUUCACAGGCGAUUCCUCAUUUUCAGUCACCUGGAAAGCAGGGGCAGACUCUGGGGUUCUGUGGGAAAUUCUGCUGUACUGCCGACUGAGUUCAUGUAAAUAAAACUCGAGAAGGUUUAAA